UGCAAGCUUGAAUCCACUCACCGCGUCCACAAUGGCUUCCACUACGCCCAUUCUCCUCUUCGCCUCCCUCCUCUUCCUCUUCUCCAUCUCCUCGGCCCUACGUCCCCACGCCCUCGUCGUCCCCGUCGCCAAGGACGCCGCCACCCUCCAGUACGUGACCCGCGUCGACCAGCGAACCCCUCCCGUCCUCGUCAAGCUCGUCGUCGACCUCGGCGGCCGCUUCCUCUGGGUCGACUGCGAAAACGGCUACCACUCGUCCAGCUACCGCCCCGUCCGAUGCCGCUCCGCCCGGUGCUCCCUCGCCAUGGCCAACGCCUGCGGCGACUGCUUCUCCGCCCCCCGGCCCGGCUGCAACAACAACACCUGCGGCGUCUUCCCCGAGAACCCCUUCAUCCGUACGAGCACCGGCGGCGAGCUCGCCGAGGACGUCCUCUCCCUCCCAUCCACCGAUGGCUUCAACCCUGGCCCUCUUGCCACCGACCGCACCUUCCUCUUCUCAUGCGCGCCCACGUCCCUCCUCGAAGGCCUCGCUAUCGGCGCCGCCGGCAUGGCCGGCCUCGGCCGGACUAAAAUUGGCGUACCGUCGCAGCUCGCGGCCACGUUCAGCUUCCAUCGGAAGUUCGCGCUGUGUCUCUCAUCUUCGACAUCAUCGGAUGGUGUCAUCUUCUUCGGCGAUGGCCCCUACCAUUUCCUUCUAAAUGUGGACGCUUCGCAAUCUCUUAUCUACACUCCUCUCAUCAUCAACCCUGUAAGCACCGCCGGAACUUACGUAGCAGGAGAGAAGUCGGCCGAGUACUUCAUCGGAGUAAAAUCGAUCAAGAUAAACGAAAAAACAGUGCCUAUCAACACUAAAUUGCUCUCCAUCGAUAGAAAUGGCGUCGGUGGAACCAAGAUCAGCACGGUCACUCCCUACACCGUUCUGGAGACUUCCAUCUACAAGGCGGUGACAUCGGCGUUCCAAAAGUCGUUGGCCAAUGUAACCAAGGCCGCGGCGGUGGCUCCGUUCACCGUGUGCUUCAAUUCGAAGGAAAUCGGGAGCACGAGAGUCGGGCCGGCGGUGCCGUCCAUCGAUCUUGUGCUGCAGAAUGCGAAUGUGUUCUGGAGGAUCUUUGGUGCCAACUCGAUGGUGCAGGUGAAUGACGACGUUCUUUGCCUGGGCUUCGUCGACGGCGGUGCGAAGCCGAGGACGUCGGUGGUGAUCGGAGGGCAUCAGCUGGAGGACAACCUGCUGCAGUUCGACCUGGCGACGUCCAGGCUGGGGUUCAGCUCGUCGCUGCUCUUCCGGCAGACCACCUGUGCCAAUUUUAACUUCACGUCCAAUGCCUAGUGGCCCAGUGACACGUAUACACGUGUUGUUAGAGAAAUUAUUAGUUGCCUACUAAUUGGCUUUGUUUUAUUGAGAGUCGUUGGAAUAAAUCUAUGCCCGACUUUGUAAAAUUCCAAUUCAUGAUGUCAUGGAUAUAGUGUUGUCGAAUAAACUGUGACAAAAUAAGUGCUGAAUUAUUAGGAAGUUGUCUUUGUAAGAGAGUCUCACAGCUAUUAUUUUGUCGGCAUAAAUAUAGAUGAAAUUUCUACAUG